UGGGUAGCAAAGACCUUGGUAAUGAUGGCUGUUUCCAAGGAACACUGCGGCAAGAGUGAAGUGUAAAUAAUGGUGUUGAUUAGCUGGAUCGAUACAAGCCCAAAAUUAAAACGCGGUCACGGCAAGCCUCUGAAAGCAGAAAAACCACCUCGGAUGAAGACAACAAGCAGCCAGCCCAGGGCGUGACUCACGUGGCUGCCCAGCCAACCCACAGACCGAUCUGGGAGGAGACAGUGACUGUGGAAAUGAACAAGGAGAAGGCAGGAGAAGAAGGGAUCUCCCUGAUCGUGGCCGACAAAGACUCCAAAGAGAUCUUGGCCAAAUACAUCAUCCCUGUGAAGUAUCUGCAACCCUUUCACCACUACCACUGUGCCCUAGUGCUGCCUAGGAAGAAGGACCCAGCGGGGACCAAGCUGCAUGUCACCAUAAUCCGCAAAGGCAGUCUCAUCCCCCGCUACCCUGGAAUGAAUUACACAGGCUUGGAGGUAUUCCUCAAGGGGAUCAAUGAGCCUCUGGAACAACCCGACGGCACUGUCUUAGCCGUUGGCCGGAUAGUGAGCAACGUCAAAGAUUACAUGAAAGAGAUGAAGGCCCGGCCGCUUUAUGCUCAGCCGGUCCCAGAGAAGGACAUCACCUUCCCAGAUCCUCCAAUGGAGGCUUUUGAGGUCCCGCAAGUCACCAACCAAGGACACCCACAGGUUUCUCCAGCUGCUGGACCUCCUGAGCAGCCAAUGUGGAACAUGUCCUACCUGUUCCAAGGACGGGAUGGAGCAACAGCUUUCUCGGAUGAUACUGCCCUGGUGAUUGAAUACUUCAAAAAAGAUCCGGAUGGAGACCUGGAAAUUCCACCAAAGUCUUUGGGCUUCUCUGUGCUGCCACUAAGUAAUCGCGUCUAUCGAAAGCUUGUGGCAGACAGUAGCAGGAAUGGAGUUUGUGUAGAAAACCUUCCCAUCCAGGAUACAAACCUGCGCACCAGAAGUGGAGAAGUCCCAACUGUCCAGCUUGGUGUUCAGUUGAUAAAUUCAGAGAGGCCAGACCUGUUUUUGACAUCAUCCACCACAGAUGGCCUUCCUGUCCUGGAUCCAGAACUGGUGGGGCAGCUGGGGACCAUCAAGGAGCCCUGGACAAGUGUGGUGCCCCGAAAAGAGAGUUCCUUCAUUGCUCCUGAACACAAGAGCUCCUUGUUUGACCUAAAACAGAUAAACCCAGAUAAGUUGCCACCCCACGAUGCUGUGUUGGAGAUUCUCCCAGAGAAGCCUCCCAGGCCCAUCGUCGAGGAGGUCCCAGAUCCGGAGAUGGACAAUUACCAUGCAGCCAUGCAGAGGAUGGCGGAUGAUAUCCUGUCCCUGCGCCAGCACGUCACCAACCUGGAGUCUGAGAACAGUGCCCUGCGACGCAACCUCGCCAUGCAUGAAGAUGUGGGCCGCGUUCUGUUUCACGACAUAGACCCUGACGUCAUGACAAAGGCCGAAAUCAUUGACAGGAUAUUAACCCUCAAGCAGAAACUAAGUGCUGGGGCUCGGGAGAUGGCCAGAAUGAAGGACCGGGUUCAAAGGCUGCAGAAUGAACUGAUUCGGAAAAAUGACCGAGAAAAAGACCUCGUGAUGCUGCAGCGAGCUCACCAGCAGCAGCAAAUGGUGCUAAGGAAAUACCAGGCCAAGAUCGCCAAGAUGCACGCUCUGGAAGAUGCGGUGAAGAAACAGGAAAAGGUGAUUGAGAGGAUGGAGAUGAUGCUGGAAGGGAAGAUGAAGGAGCGGUCAAAAGAGGACACCCAGUUUUCAGAAGCUCCCCUCGGCUCAGUUCCAGGUGACAGCUGGUCCAAGGGUCUCUACUCCACCUUGAUGAUGGAGAACAUGAGGCUGCGAGACGAACUGGGCAAGUCUUCCUACUAUCGUUCCCCCAUCAUAUUGCAGCAGCAAGCACUACCGGAUACGUUUUCCAACAGCAACGAAAAGCUCUCUUUGAUUUCCAAACUGGAGAGGGCAGAGGCUCGCAUCAAUGCCUUGGAGUACCAGCUGGAGGAGUCUUCCAGGAAAUGGGGGCGAGAGAAGCAGGACUACAGCGCCCGACUUCUGGAGCGCGAUCUUGGAUUGGACCUGUCACCAACCCCUCUACUCUUAGGGGACACGUUGCUGAAGACUCAUCCAAAUUAGCAAAUUCAGCUCAAGAUGCAUUGGGAGCCUUCGUCCUUUGUGCAACCUAUGGCGAUCUACGCUCGAUGGCACGGCAGAUCAUCUGUUGUAAAUAUACCCCUCAAGUUUCAUACCCCUUCCUCAAGAGACUAAAUGGAGCAUGGCAUUCCCUAAUAAACUUUUAUUAAAGUUUUGGCAUGCAUUCCCCCCCAAA